GCAGAUGGGUGGAUCGACAAUGUAUAGUCUAUCUCUUCUCACAUCUAACAUGUGGGCUGUAGUCAUUAGAAUAUUUUUCUACAACCAGAAGGUUGGAUAUAUGUACUAUAUUUCCUUUGCAAUUGUGGUAUUGGGCCUUACAAUAUACUCAAUCAAUAGUGAGGAGAAUGAAGCUUCUGCAAAUUCGCCUCAUCUCGAAGAAGAAUCGGAGAAGAACAUCAAGGCUCCAUUGCUCGGAGAAGAAGGACACGUCGAGGUUUUAUCUCUUUAAUACCUUAAAUAGCUUUCGAUUCUUUUAAACAUCAAUUAUCUUUAUUU